AUGUCACAAGCAAUGUCAUCUCUCCCAGAGACAUUCGAUGACCUUCCAGACAAGCGGCGGUACUGGCCUGCACCUGCCGGCUCCGAGGAUGAAGGUCUCGGCAUGCUUCGCAUCCUCACGCCGGAUGUUGUCGCCAGCGCUGCGCAGACACAGAUUCAAACUGGGGACCGGGUGUGCCUGAAUUGGAACAUGGAGAACCUGACGCCUCCGGGAUUUGGCCGCAAGCAUUUUGAGCAUCACAUCAAAUGGGUGGCUGAGGGUGUUGCUUUUGACGACGAAUACCACUUCAACCCUCAACAGGGCUCUCAAUGGGACGGGUUCCGACACCAUGCGAACAAGGACGGCGUCUUUCAUGGGGGCACGACGGCCGAAGAAAUCAAAGACACUCAAUCUCCGCGAAUUGGAAUCGGAUACUGGGCAAAGAAAGGCAUUGCAGGUCGAGGUGUUUUGAUCGAUUACGUGUCCUAUGCGAAGAAGAAAAACAUCCCCUUGAAUGCGUUAUCGCGACAGAUGAUCUCUCUCGACGAAGUAGAAGAGAUCGCGCGGGAAUGUAAGAUCACCUUUCAGAAGGGCGAUAUCUUCUUUUUGCGGGUAGGCUUGCCAGAGACGUGGGCUGGUAUGUCUGCCGAGAAGCGACAAGCGUAUAGCGAGCAGUCCAUGCCCGAGCAUGCGGGAAUCGAACAAAGUGAGCGGGUACUACGGUUCAUGUGGGAUAAUCAUUUCGCAGCUGUGGCAUCCGAUGCUGUGAGCUUCGAGGUGUAUCCUGCUCUGGACCCGGAGUAUGAUCUCCAUCAUCACCUUUUGGCUGGCUGGGGUGUGCCGAUCGGAGAGAUGUUUGAUCUGGAUGAAUUGGCGGCUGCUUGCGAGCGGUUGGGCCGGUGGACUUUUUUCAUCUCAAGCAGUCCAUUGAACUGUGCGCGAGGUGUGUCGAGCACACCAAAUUGUAUGGCAAUUUUCUAA